AUGAAGAAUCUCGGCUUCCUCGCUCUGGCAGCGCCUUCACUGGCCCUCAACAUACCUACCCAGCAGCUUCUCUCCGGCGACUUAUGGAGUAGCUUGUCCAAUCCGCUCAAGCCUGUGGCACGGGAGACAUGCCCGCAGCCAUCCCAGGUGAGCACGCCCGACGAUGGCUUCCACUCGUCGCAGACGUUCCUCUCCGACGAGGCCUUCCGGGCCCGCCAAGCACACCGACUCUCUCGCGCCGUGCAGAUCCCGACAACAGUGGGCGACUUUGCACGCGACCCAUAUGAUGAGGCUUUUGAACCUGUUGUCAAGUUUCAAGAGCUCUUGGAAGAGCUUUUCCCUUUGGUACACCAGCGUGCCAAGGUUGAACACAUCAACCGUCUUGGUUUGGUUUUCACCUUCGAGGGCGUAGAAUCCUCCCGCAAGCCUCUGUUGUUCAUGGCCCACCAGGAUGUCGUCCCAAUUGAUGACCCCUCAGACUGGACGCACCCUCCUUUCGCGGGUGUUUUCGACGGUGAAUGGAUCUGGGGCCGUGGCGCAAGUGACUGCAAGAAUGUCCUCAUCGGCCUGAUGUCCGUGGUCGAAGACCUACUCUCUCAAGACUGGAAGCCACAGCGGACAGUCCUGUUCGCCUUCGGAUUCGAUGAGGAAUCGCACGGUUUCCUCGGCGCUGGGGCUAUCUCAGCAGCCCUGGAGGAAAAGUACGGCAAGGAUUCCUUUGAGUUCAUCCUGGACGAGGGUGGCAUGGGGCUACAGAGUCUGGGUGGAGAGUCGGACUCCAGCAGUGAAGUCUUGUAUGCUCUUCCAGCGGUCGGCGAAAAGGGUUCUCUCGACCUGAUCAUCGACAUCGCUGUGCCUGGAGGCCAUAGCUCCAUCCCCCCAGCGCACACUGGCAUCGGCAUCAUGGGUGAAAUCCUGUACCAGCUCGAGCGCAAGGAGCUGUUCCCCGCUUGGUUGGAUAGCAACCACCCAGCUCACGGAAUGCUCGAAUGCCAGGCACGGUACUCGUCCGACCACGUCGAGACCUGGCUAUCCGAGAAGCUCGAAGCUAAUGACCCUGCAGCUCUCGGUGAAGCCGUCGCCAGCUCUCGCGGCCCCGCAGUCCGUUAUACUAUGCAGACCUCACAGGCCGCAGAUCUGAUCCACGGUGGCGUGAAGACUAAUGCGCUGCCCGAGAAGAUCUCAGCUGUUGUAAACUACCGUGUGGCGUUACACCAAACACCGGACGAGCUCCGUGAGCGUGCCGUGCGAAUCAUCAGCCCCAUUGCAGAAGAGCACAAUCUCACUUUGCAUGUUGCUUUCCCCGGCGUGGAACAAAACACAGAUGAGGGGAGCGACCGGACUCUCACCCUUUACCCACUCAGCAAGCCCCUUGUUCCGGCACCGAUCUCGCCUACUGAUCCGCUCACGUCGAAGGUGUGGGCGCACUUUGCCGGCGUGGCUCGCAGUGUAUUCGAGUCUCACUCGAAUCCUCUUUCCAAGUCUACGUCUAAGCCGACCGUGGUUGUCACCGGCGAUGUCAUGACCGGUAACACCGAUACUCGCUUCUACUGGUCUCUCUCUGAGAACAUUUAUCGCUGGAGUCCCUCGCGUGCUGGCGGGUCACUGAACAUCCAUACUGUGGAUGAGCGGAUUCUACUCGAUGUCCAUUUGGAGGGCAUGAUGCUCUACUACGACCUGAUCCGAUCUUUCGAUGGCUGGGACGGUAAGUCCGAGUAG